AUGGGCGCAUCGCUGGAGAUCCGGAAUGCUGAGGCCGCCAAAGGCGAGUGGCCGGUAGAUCCUGGCCCAACUGACGAGGUAGUGCCCUCCGUUGGUGGUGUUGUGGCCUUGCCAGAGGAAUGCGCGAAUGAGGUGGUUCACCUGUUUGAGAAUGGAGUACAAGUUCAGCCACGUUACGAAAUUAACGCACUUUUCCAUUUUACCCUCGCGCCGUUCGUCGCUGUCCACUCACUCUUGCUCUCGUCGCCCUCUCUCCCCUUCGCCUCUCUUCUGCCACCACCUCGACCACCUCGCCGGCCACCACCUCACCCAGCUCGCCGGCCACCCACCACAUCGGCCAGGAGGCCACCAUCUCUCCCCGUCGCCGCCAUCUUUCUUCCGCCUCCACUCACACCCGUCGUCCACUCGCACCCCACCCCACAUCCGAGGUCAAGCUUUGAUGCGCCUACUCUGGAUCUGGCGACGGAGGCGGGAGAUGGGGAGGAGGCCGUCGCGGUGGUGUGCCUGGACCACGUCCUCAAGCACGCCGGUGGCGCCACGGAGGAGGCCGAGCGCAUCCGCCGCUGCCACAACGCCGACGGCGCCAUGGAGUACUGGCUCGAGCCGGACGAGCUCGCGGCCCUGCGCCGGGAGGUCGGCGCCGACCCGUACUGGGUGCCGCCAGGGUGGAAGCGCGGAGACCCCGUGUCCGCCGACGGCUACGCGCUCAAGGCAAAGAUGCAGGUGGAGGAGCUCAGCAAGGAGCUCGCCGGAGUAAAAAGUGCUCCAUUCGACUUACAGAGUGCUGCUUGGCCACAAAGAAAGAGAGAUAUUAAGCAGACUAUGGGUCGAAGAGGUUAUGCCCUCGAUCUCAUUGUGCCGGCAGAACCAGUUUAAGCAGAGAGUCUGAGUCCGAGGAGCUCGCCCGGAGGAAGAAGAGAUAUUCCAGUUUACAAUGGUUCAGAGAGUUGGCGGCUCGUGGGAUGGCUACUGGGCAAUGCUAAUAUGCUCCACAGUCCCAGUAGCAAAUGGAACAUGGACGCCUACUGGAUGAACAAGUAACAUGCCAGUGAUGCAUUGCAGGAGCAGAAAGGAGCAGCGAGCAGCAGCGGCGGCUGACCUCGAGCUCUCGGUUGGAGUGGAGGGAGACGGCCAGCGAGGGAUACGCGGCCAGCGGGGAAGGAUUCGGAGCUGCGGCGGAGCAGGCAACCGGUGGGGAAAGGCGGCCGCCGGUGAGGGAGCUCCGGACCGCGGCGAGGGAGCUUUCGAUCGCGGCGGGGAAGGGCGACCAGAGGGGAUCGGGCUCUCGAUUGGAGCGGCGCAGGCAACCGGCGGGGAAGGGCGCCGGAGAUGUGGACGACGGAGGAGCCUGGCGAAGGGGAGGAGCGACGGAGGAAGACGACGGCCCGUGCGAUUUCAAAUCGGUGGGUGGUGGAGGGGCAGUUUGGUAAUUUCACUCGUUUUCACCUGGUCGGAAAACCCCUCCAACGACAAUUAUUUCGGAACGAAGGGAGUACAUUGUAUUGUUAUUUCUUUUGUUUGACAUGACUUUUUGGUUCCUGGUACUCAUAUUUGAGUAGGCUAAUGUGCUGGAUGAAUAUGUGUGUAUUCACUUGUGUAGUGUUUAUUUUUAUAUGAAAUUUUCUAUCGGCCCUCGAUGAAUUAUUCUUGAAAA